AUGUCUGCAUACGAAACCGUCGUCAAGGCCUUGGACGAAUCGUCCAUCUUAGCCAAAUGGCCGGAAAUCACUCCAUUGGCCAAGACCACAGGACUGCUGACCUCUGCCGGCUCCGCCAGCUCAGAAGAAGCCGUGUUUGAAGGCCACGACGAGGAACAGAUCCGUCUUAUGGAGGAGUUGUGCAUAGUUUUGGACUACAACGAUAUGCCUGUCGGUGCUGGUACCAAGAAGCUCUGUCACUUGAUGGACAACAUCAACGAGGGCUUGUUGCACAGGGCCUUUUCGGUGUUCCUCUUCAACGAGGAUGGCCAGUUGUUGUUGCAGCAGCGUGCCGACGAGAAGAUCACCUUCCCUAACAUGUGGACCAACACCUGUUGUUCGCACCCACUCUGUGUCAAGUCUGAGUUGGGUCCUGGAGACUUCAGCUUGUUGAACUCGGCUGUGGAGGGAGCCAAGACUGCCGCACAAAGAAAGCUUUUCCACGAGCUUGGAAUCCCCGGCGGCGAUUGUCCGGUCGAGAAGUUCCAAUUCCUCACCCGUAUCCACUACAAGUCUGCCAGUGGAGGAGAGGAGUCCAAGUGGGGAGAGCAUGAGGUCGACUACAUCUUGAUCUUGCAAACAAAGAACGAUAUCACUAUCGAUGCCAACUACAACGAGGUGCGUGAUUACAAGUGGGUCAGCCAGGAUGACUUGAAGAGCAUGUUCACCGACAAAAACCUUGUCUUCACUCCAUGGUUCAAAUUAAUCUGCGAAACGUUUUUGUUCCAGUGGUGGGGCAGCUUGUCUGAUCUCAGCCAGUUUGAGGACAAGGAGAUCCAUCGCCUUCUUUAA